CUGUCAUUCAAAGAAAGGUUCAACAAAUUAGACAGUGUGCGACUCUUCGUCCUAUCCUGAAAAGUCAAGUUAGUUUGUCAUUUAAUUUUAUCAUUCUCUUGGUUUGAUCAUUUGAAGCUGUAGUUGGAAUUAUUCUUUUUCUCUCUCCUCUAAAUUUUCAACAUUUUCUAAUAUUUGAGCUCUUAAACCAUCAUCUUUACUACCCAUCUUCAUUGAUUUCCCCUAAAAUUUCUGACUUUGUCUCUUCAAACUCUCCUUCAAAAUCCCAGGGAAAGAUUGGUUGAUUGCAUUUGGUUGGAGUGAGAUAUAGUUAGUUCGGUAAUGACUUGUUUCCCUUUCACUUGUGGAAAAAGAGCCACAUCUUGUGCUGAACCAACUAUACACAUUGAUGGAGUUUCAGGUGUAGAGAAUAUAAAGUUCUAUACUUACAAGGAAGUGCAGCAUGCAACGGAGAACUUCAGCCAAGCAAAUAAAAUUGGGCAGGGAGGUUUUGGGCUUGUCUAUAAGGGAAAGCUCAGAGAUGGAACCUUGGUUGCUGUUAAGGUGCUUUCAGCAGAAUCAAGGCAAGGUUUGCGCGAAUUCGUUACAGAAUUGACUGUCCUUGCAAAUAUAGAGCAUGAAAAUUUGGUUAAGAUUUUGGGUUGUUGUGUGGAAGGAAAUCAUAGAAUUCUGGUUUCUGGAUAUCUUGAGAAUAACAGUCUCAGUCAAACUUUACUUGGUCAGAAUCCCAGCAGCAUUGAUUUCAACUGGAGAACAAGGAGAAACAUAUGUCUUGGCCUUGCAAGGGGGCUUACGUUCCUUCACGAAGAAGUCCAGCCACGUAUUGUGCAUAGAGAUAUUAAAGCAAGCAAUAUCCUCCUUGACAAAGAUCUUACAGCCAAGAUUGCAGAUUUUGGCCUGGCGAAACUUUUACCAGCUAACAUGACGCAUGUUAGCACAAGGGUUGCUGGGACACUAGGCUAUUUGGCGCCUGAAUAUGCACUUCGGGGUCAAUUGACAAGAAAAGCUGAUAUCUAUAGCUUUGGUAUUCUCCUUUUGGAAAUUGUCUGUGGUAGAUGCAACAGAAAUAGGCGGCUGCCUCCUGGAGACCAAUAUCUUCUUCAGAGGGCAUGGAGAAUGCUUGAGAAAGAGACACUUGUGGAAUUGGUUGAUGAAGCAUUUAGAGAAGAUCUUGAUAUUCAAGAGGCGAGCAAAUUCUUGAAGAUUGCUCUUCUUUGCACCCAAGAAGUACCAAAGCUACGACCAACAAUGUCUGCUGUAGUUAGAAUGCUUCAGGGUGAGGUAGAUGUUACUAAAGCGAGCAUUACACGACCAGGAUUACUCUCAGAUUUGGAUUCAAGAGAGAAAGAAAGCUCGAAAGGGCCCACAGACAUGAGGAAUACUUCUUCCUUGUUCUCCCCUAGCUCAGGCUCCUCAUUACCGUCAGAGCAGACAGAUCUGACUUGUGCAAAUAUGACCUUCACAUCAAUAAGUGCCCGGGGAGACUGAGAACUCCAUAACAGAAGAAAACCAGCUGAAGUUGUAACCUGAGGAGCUAUGGAGUUUGUAUGACAGAUUUUGGGUCUCAAUUUUGUAUGAUAUGGAUUUCUGACCUCCGGAAUCCGGUGCCUUCACUGGAAGUUCCAUGGAUGGGAGAAGAGAGAGAAAGAAAGAGGGGGAGGACGGAGAUGGUAGGAAUGUAAUCUAAGAUAAGAAUGUAUUGUGAGAGAGUUGUAUUGGUAGAGUAAUAAAAAGAAGAUGAGCAAACUCACCAACUUUGGCUGUUUCAGAAGUUAGAAAGCUAGUUUACUUGUUUUAGGAUUGAUGAUUUCUUGUGAAACUCUAGAAUUUUAAUUCAGGUGAGCUAUAUAUUGACCAGGCAGCGUUAAUGUUA